GACUGAUUCCACCGUCACCUACCUGAAUUUGACUCGCGGACUCUAACUUAAAAGGUCUUGUAAUUAACAGUCACUAAUUAAAAAAAAAAAGAGAGAGAAACUGACCAUUUUUUUUAUUGUUGCGCCUUGUCAGCAACACUCAUUGUGCACAUUCAGACUCUUAGUAUUUCCCACACAAACAAACAUACAAAGGCGCCCUCUUUAUUUCUUUCUAUUUUUUUCUUUUUAUUUUUGCUAAUUAAACAAACUCAACAAAACCUAUUCCCACCACUCAUUUUCGUGUCUUACAAUUUACUCAUUAUAAUGUUUCGACCAGAGGAUCCUCCUAAGAUUGAGGACUAUAAUGGUCUUUGGGCAUGCCAAAAGCCUGUUUAUGAAUGGAAGGAGGAGUUCACUGAAGGCUCUGCACCCAUUGACCUUGAACUUGAAACAGAGCUAUUUGGCGAUGAUAGGCGUGUCCAAGCUGGGGUUCAUUUCGAUAAAUACAGCAGGAUUAGCGUGCGCCGCAAGGGUGGCCCAGAUAGGCAUACUCCUAUCUCUAGUUUUGAGGAAGCAGGGCUUCAUCCAACUAUUAUGGAUAAUAUCCGGCGGAUGAAAUAUGUAGCUCCAACGCCUAUCCAGAAAAAUGCAAUUCCAUUGUUAAUGGCAGGUUACGAUCUCCUGGCCUGUUCUCAGACAGGUUCGGGAAAGACUGCUGCUUUUUUACUCCCGGUGUUGUCAAAAAUCCUUUCAAAGAUUGCUCGUUCAAGUUCACCAACACGCCCUCGUCCUGGAGCACGAUGGACCAAAGCUUCGCCUCAAGCUUUAAUUCUUCUUCCAACACGUGAGCUUGGCAUACAGAUAUUCGAUGAAGCAAGACGAUUCACAUACAUGAGCCGUAUUCGUCCGGUAGUCAUUUAUGGUGGUGCGGACUUGCGAAUUCAAAGAGAACAACUAUUACAAGGAUGCGACCUCUUGAUUGCCACACCUGGUCGACUUGUAGACGCUAUGGAGCGAGGUAUGGUGGCUCUUGAUAAAGUCAGGCAAUUAAUAUUGGAUGAGGCAGAUAGAAUUCUGGAUAUGGGCUUCGAAACAACUAUUCGAGAAAUCUUAUGCAACUCCGAUCUCCCUCGAGAUGAGACUCUGCACAUGAUGAUGUUCAGCGCCACUUUCCCAUCUCAAAUCCAAGUCUUGGCGCGUGACUUUAUGAAAGAGGAUUAUUGCAGACUUCGGAUGGGAAGGAUUGGAGGCACCACAACGAAUAUCUUGCAAAAGGUCAUUAAAGUGGAUGAGCUCGAUAAAGAGCAGACGCUUGUCGAUCUUUUAUACUCGCAGCCACCAUCACGCACAUUGAUCUUUGUUGGAUCGAAACGCAUGGCUGAUUAUCUGGACGACAUUCUUUACAACCAAAAAUUCCCUUGUAUUUCACUUCAUGGUGACCGAAGUCAGCGGGAGCGAGAACAAGCUUUAGAAGCGUUUAAAUCAGGCAGGAGCCCUAUUCUCAUUGCGACGUCCAUUGCAGCACGUGGCCUAGACAUCAAAAACGUGCUACAUGUUAUCAACUAUGACCUCUGUGAUGAUAUCGAUGACUAUGUGCAUCGCAUUGGUCGCACAGCUCGUGCUGGUAACCCAGGUCUUGCUACGACCUUCUAUACUGAUAGAAACUAUGUGAUUGCGCCACAUCUGGUGAAGCUGCUAAUUGAAUGUGAGCAGGAGGUCCCGGAGUUCCUGCAGCCGUAUAUUACGGAAGAAUCAUCUGAGGAAAAUGACUUUGUGGACCCAGAUACGUAUGAUACAUUAAAGUUGGAACAACAACAGAAUCAUCAGAGUUAUAACGGCCAUGACACUCAUAACGGCGCGGGCGUACAUGAUAGAUAUCAGUCUUCCUAUUCAGAAUCAAACAACCAGUCCCCAUCUUACCAGAAAGCAGGGUUAGGAGAUCGCUAUUCAGGCACAGAUAAUCAGUACUCAUCUUCCCAGAAAAUGGGAUUAGGGGAUCGUUACUCAGAAGCAGAUAAUGAAUAUGGCCCUUCCCAAAAGGCAGGAUCAGGGGGUCGCUUCUCGAAUGUGGACAGCCAAUACCCAUCUUCCCAGAGAGCGGAGCUGGGGGAUCGUUAUUCAGAUGUGGAUAAUGGUUACAAAUCUCCCCAAAGAGCAGGAUUAGGAGAUCGUCUCUCGAAUAUGGACAGUCAAUACCCGUCUUCCCAGAGAGCGGAGCUGGGGGACCGUUAUUCAGAUGUGGAUAAUGGUUACAAAUCUCCCCAGAGAGCAGGAUUAGGGGAUCGUCUCUCGAGUAUGGACAGUCAAUAUUCAUCUUCUCAGAGAGCAGGGUUGGGGGAUCGUUACUCAGAUGCAGAUAAUGGAUACAAAUCCCCUCAGAGAGCAGGAUUAGGGGACCGUCUCUCGAGUAUGGAUAGUCAUCAUUCACCUCUCCAGAGAGCAGGACCAGGGAAUCGUAAUUCAGAUGCGGGCAAUGAAUAUAAUUCUUCCCAAAGAACAGGAACAGGAGGUCGUAAUAUGGAUCCACUUGAUGAUUUGGUGCCUUCCUUUGAAAAGGCAUCAAUCAACAAUCGUUACUCGAAUGGAACCAAUCAUGACAGUCAGCCUACACAAGGCGCAACGCCAUCAAACAAUAAUUGGGCUCCACGCGAUGACAGGCAUAGCAGAGAUGACUAUCCUGCUUCAUUUAGCUCGACAAAUAAGCCAUUCAAAGAACCUGUUUCGCCAUCAAAGGAGACGCAGGAGGGAUUUGGAGAUAAUGCAUGGUUAAAGGCUCCUACGGGAUAUCGCCAAGAAAUGCGCACAAGUGACUGGGAUGCGCGAGCGCAAGCACUUGCCCUCGGAUGGAAUUAAAUGUGAUGAAUUUGGUUCGAUAUUUGAUAUACUACAUAGUCCAUCGUAAUAGCUAUGCUUUCUUUUUCUUCUUUUCUUUCUUUUUAGACUGCAAAUAAACCGAUAUCAUUGCCA